AUGAGCACCUUCCCGUUGCUCCGACUCCCACAAAUUGUGUAUGCUCUUGUGUUGAGGAACAUGAGAUUACUGGAGAUUGUAAAAAUGACGUUGUGCAGUCGAAAAAUGAACAAAAACGUGAGAUUCUGGGUAAAAAUACCAUCAAUUAACGAGAUUCUACAAAAUCCGGGUGAUUAUGAGAUCACGCCGUUGAAUAUCAUCUCCAUCCUCCGCUUCUUGUCUUCUCCCAUCCCUCAUGAAAUCUUUCUCUCCAUCUCAUUAUCCGACGAAAAACUGUGCGUAAGCAUCAAUCCACAUGGAGAACAACGUGACCACUCCUUCAAAAUCUACAUCAGCCAGACACCCAUCAUUCAACCUUCACAACAUGCACUGAUUGGUAGCCAGCGGAUUCCGAUUAGCCAUGUCCGGGACAGUGUGUACACUUGCUGGAAUCGGAAAGAUGAAGGGAUUCGGGAGGUGCUUGCGAUGAUUUGGGAAGGGCGAAAUGAGUUAAAUAUUGAAGUUUCAAUUGUUACUGUAGAUGGAGCAGGAGUUGGAGAUGAAUUGAGAGCUGCAGUGGAAUGGAUUAAAGGGACAGGUCUGGAAGUGACAUCUCUGUAUUUACUAGAUAAUUUGACUACGGAACAUUUUGAAUAUGCUAUCUACAACAUUCAGCCAACAAUAUUCUUGAAUAGUUGCGUAGAUCUGCCAGAUGACUUUCGACUCGCCGAGAGUUUUGUAUUCAAAACGGAAAGAAUACAAUUCCUCGGAGCGGAGUGGUUCCAAUUAAGCAAUCUAAAUAAUAUGGAGUGCAAAUGGGUUAAAAUUGUUAUUUGCUACUGGACGGAGGCUGAUAUCAUGCAGUUUAUUAGGAAUAUGAUGGAUGGAAAGUAUUUGACGGUGACGUGGGCGCUGGUGGUGUUGAGGGAUGAUGUUUGUGUAAAUACGAUGUUGGAGAAGAUGCAACGGGAGGGAUGCCCCUAUCGAAUCACUACAGGAAGAAUGGAAUCGACGUUUGAACGUUGUGACGGAGUUGUAAUCGGAUUAAUGUCGCAUAUUGAUAACACAGUUGAUACGCACAGAAUCACAAUGACUGUGAGUGUGAAUCAAAAUUAA